GCGCACAGUUGCUUCAUUGCAGCAUCGGAGGAGUUUAUUUGUGUGCAUACUUCCAACGUCAUCGUCAUGUCUGGACGCGGCAAGCAAGGAGGCAAGGCUCGUGCCAAGGCCAAGACUCGCUCAUCUCGUGCCGGGCUUCAGUUCCCCGUGGGUCGUGUGCACCGUCUUCUGCGCAAAGGGAACUACGCAGAGCGCGUCGGAGCCGGAGCGCCCGUCUACUUGGCUGCUGUUCUGGAGUACCUGACUGCUGAGAUCCUGGAAUUGGCUGGCAACGCUGCCCGGGACAACAAGAAGACCAGGAUCAUCCCUCGCCACUUGCAGCUGGCCAUCCGCAACGACGAGGAGCUGAACAAGCUCCUGGGCAGAGUCACCAUCGCCCAAGGAGGCGUCCUCCCCAACAUCCAGGCUGUGCUGUUGCCCAAGAAAACCGAGAGCCACAAGGCCAAAGGAAAAUAAAGCAACAAGGAGGCAAUAAGAGGUGCUAAAAAGUAAAAAAGCCCAACCAACCCAAAGGCUCUUUUAAGAGCCACCCACAAC